AUGUCACGUUUAGAUGCUCUUACGAAUAUUGGUACCCCGUCACUGUCUAGGUCGGCAGAUUCAAGUCCAGCCUUAGAUGUAAAGUUACCAGAGAUCACAUUACCCAAGUUCAACAGUGAUUAUAGUGAGUGGGCCCAAUUUAUAGAUCUUUGUAACUCGUUAAUACACAAUAACACCAAGUUGCUGGAAGUCGAAAAGUUGCACUAUCUAAAGGGAGCUCUACUAUCAUCUGCUGCAAAACUAAUAUCAUCUUUAAGUUCAACAAAUGAGAAUUACACUGUGGCCUAUGAGACACUGUGUAGGACUUAUGACAAUAAAUUUUUAAUACUAAAUUCCCAUUUGCGGCAGAUCGACAGUAUACCACAGAUACACAAAGGAACACAUGAAACUCUGAGCAAUUUUCUGUGCAGUGUGAGGCAACAAAUACGUGCUCUUUCAGCAGAAUAUGAAGCUACCAAGCAUUGGGAUCUUAUUCUGUUGUAUAUGCUGAAUAAGAAGGUUGACAGCCAUACUCGCAUGGCAUGGAAUUUGUUCUUCCAACGGUAA